CCCAACUACUCCUGGCAUUUAAAGGGCCCGUCCCCGCAGCUGGCACCAGCGCAGCGCCCACUGCCUCGGCGAUGUGGCUGUCCCGGAGCCGCCCUGCAGCGGCGGCUGCCCGCCGCGCCCUGGCCCUGAGACCCGACUGCACCCGCCGCGCCCAGCGCCAGGGGCUGCUCUUCCGGCAGCUCUUUGAGCCUGUGAGCUGCACCUACACCUACCUGCUUGCGGACCUGAAGACCAAGGAGGCGGUUCUGAUCGACCCGGUUCUGGAGACGGCCAAGCGGGACGCGGAGCUGGUGAGGGAGCUGGGCCUCAACUUGCUGUAUGCAGCCAACACCCACUGCCACGCAGACCACAUCACGGGCACCGGGCUGCUGAAGACGAUGCUCCCAGGCUGCCGCAGCGCGAUCUCCCAGGACAGCGGGGCCUUGGCCGACAUCCUCCUCCGCGAGGGCCACGCCCUGGAAUUCGGGGCCUUCGCCCUGGAAGCCCGCUCCACCCCCGGACACACGGACGGCUGCCUGACCUACGUGCUCAGUGACAGGACCAUGGCCUUCACCGGGGACGCCCUGCUGAUCCGGGGCUGCGGCCGCACCGACUUCCAGCAGGGCUCCCCGGAGACCUUGUACCGCUCCGUGCACGAGAAAAUCUUCACGCUCCCCGGAGACUGUCUGAUCUACCCCGCCCACGACUACACGGGCCAGACGGUGUCCACGGUGGAGGAGGAGAGGACCCUGAACCCCCGACUGACCCAGAGCUGCGAGGCCUUUGUCCAGCUGAUGAACAGCUUGAACCUUCCUCAACCCCAACAAAUUGACUUUGCGGUCCCAGCGAACCUCAAGUGUGGGAUACAGGAUGCAGCGACUUAGCCCGGCCCCCUUUCUCUAAUGCCACGCCCCUUGUGUUAAGCCCCGCCCACCUCAUCAUAGGGCAUGCCCUCUCAUUGACUCUUAUGAUAAUGGCAGGUCCUUUGGCCUGGGGCUGGCUGUCUCUGACUGUCACUUUGGUCCCUCCCUUAAGCGAAAUCUGGGGGCUCCCUCUUUGGGGUCCUGAGUGGGAAGGGUUAAUGAUCUUCAACCAUGGCAGCUUCCCUUCCCCCACUGCAACAUCCCCACCAAUUCCUCUGAUCCCCCCCAGUCUGGCAUUAGGGAGUUUGCACCUUCCUCUGCAUUCGCUGUGGAGUGGAGGCUUCCCGCUAGUCUCUCCUGGGGAGCAAAGGCCCCCCCCUUUCCUGAGCCUGGUGUGCAGACAGCAGGGAACCCCUGCAGCCAGCAUUGGGGUCUGAGAGAGGCCCCAGGCCCCCAUAUUCUGCAUUUGAAUAAUAGGGUACCCGGGGGGACCCUGCUCAGUUCUGUCAGGCCCUGCUUCCCACCCUGUGGCUGAAUUGGGGGGUCCUACUCGCGCUGCAGGGCUCCCUCCACUUGCUAUUUGCACCAGCUGGACUGUCUCUUGUCUCUGCUCUGUGGGGUGUCGGCACCAGUGGGCCUAGACCUGGGAGCAGGUCUCCCCCACUCUGGGCUGGGAGGGGGGGGACCCCUAUUUGUGAAUGUGGCUCAGUCUUAGGGAGGGAGAGGGUUGGAAAUGAACCACUGCGGAGAGAAUAAAGUUGUGCUGGAUCCAUCGGAA